AUGAAUAAUAAACUGGAAUUGGGAAAAUUAUUCUUUCGGGCUAAUUUAGUAUUACCCGAUCUAACUUGCUUUUCAAGAAAUUUCGUGGAACCAUGUCCAAUAUUUAAAGAAUUCGAUUCAAAAACAUUGUGUUCAUUAUCACUAGUAUCAAAAGGGUGUAAAUCUUUUGCUAUUGAUAACCAUGUUUGGAGUCAAUUGGCUUUAAAACGUUGGGAAGGUAAACAAGGUAUGAAAGAAAUACAUUCAGAACCUCAUGAAAUUUGGUUUAGAAAGGCAGGAACUUGGAAAAAAGUUUAUGGGUUAAUUGAGCAAGAAGCUAGAAGGAGUAAAUUUAAUAUCGAUGACUUGGCUGAAACUACGUGGUGUUUUAAGUUUAAUAGUGUUGAAAUUCCACAUAUUGGGACACCAAAAUUUCAUCGAAAUGGAAUAUAUACUCAUCGUGAAAUGAUGGGAGGUCAAUUACCGUGGACAUUUACAAGUGAAGGACAAGUUAGAGUCGAUCGAUUUCCUCCGUUAAAACCAUAUAGAUCAACAACGGAUUGGUCAUUAAAAAUGAGAAAUGUUCACAUUACUUUCGCAUCUACAGAUCAUAAUUGUUUUCGUAAAAAGUUACAUAAAUUUAAUCUAGGUCUUAUUGAAGAGUUGGGUUUAGAUCCUUCUCAAUACAUAUUAAAAAUACCCGAACCUUCAUACGAAGAGAGGAAUGUCGCUAUGGAUCAUAUCAUGGUUUUACCUUCCCGUCGUAUAUUUCAUACUGACGACAAUGGUGAAGAAAUCAAUCAGGCUGAAAAUGUUCAUAGAGAUCGUGAAAAACGAAGAUUUGAAGAUGUGGAAGGAAGAAAAUAUAUGGGGAAGAAGCUGGAUGAGUGGGAAAUAGAUUUGAAGAGGUGGAAGGAAGAAAAAUAUAUGGGGAAGAAGCUGGAUGAGUGGGAAAUAGAGUAG